AUGUGGGAUAGGUAUUAUGUUCACUUAUCAGAGGAUUAUGCAGUUAAGCAUCCAUGUCAGCCUCACAGAAUUUUAUCUCUAACUUGUCAAUCACUUGCCUCUUUUUUGGAGAACAUGGGAAAGAGUCUUAAAGAUUAUGGUUUACAACACCUUUGUAGAAGCGAAGAUAUUUUGGUACAAAGAACAAGAGAUGUUAUUGAUGCUCUUGAUGCUCCUAAUCCAGAGGCAUGUAAUGCUGCAAGGAAACAACUCCACAAUGAACAACGAACUACAUACAAAUGUAUUAUUUCUCAUGUGAAAAGGAAAAAAUCGGGUCUAUUUUUCAUUGAUGGCCCAGGGGGAACUGGCAAGACCUUUUUAUACUGUGCACUGUAUGCAAAGGUACGCCUAUUCAAUCAAAUUGUGUUACCGACACCAACUUCUGGUAUUGCAGCUUCCAACAUGCCUACUGGUCGUAUUGCGCAUUCUAGGUUUAAACUACCAGUUGAUUGUGGACAAUCCUUUACAUGUAAUGUCGGUAAGCAAUCAAGUGUCGCUUCUCUUAUUGAGGAAAGUUCACUGAUUAUAUGGGAUGAAGCUUUCAUGGCUCGUAGAGAGAACAUCGAGUCACUUAAUUUGCUUUUACGAGAUCUAUGUUUACCUGAUGUUCCCUUUGGUGGUAAGCUUGUUGUGUUUGGUGGUGACUUUCGUCAAACUGUUCCAAUUGUUCCCAAGAAAUCACAACAAGAAAUAAUUGGUUAUAGCUUAGUUAGUUCACACUUGUGGCCUCUUUUCACUCGAUUUGAACUAACUGUAAAUAUGCAAGCACGAGAAGAUCCAGAAUUUUCCAGGUUUUUGCUAGCAUUGGGCAACGGUGAACUUCAAAUGCAAGAAACUGAGUUAGUUAGUAUUCCAAAGAGCUUGAAUUUGAGUUGUAGAGAAUAUCCUGCAACCCUUGAGGUUCUAUUGGCAGUAUAUCCCAAUAUUUUGACUCAGUCUAUCCAUCCAUCAUUUUUUGCUGAACGCGCUAUAUUGACACCUCGGAAUGAAGAUGUUGAUUUGAACAAUUCAAAGCUAAUUGAUAAGUUCUUUGGAGAUGUUUGUAUCUAUAAAAGCUUUGAUUCAGUUAUUGAUGAUCAUUGUAACAUUUAUCCAACUGAAUUUUUGAAUGCACUUUGUCCCGAAGGCAUGAGUCCACAUGAAUUGAUUUUAAAGUUGAAUUGCCCAUUUAUUUUGUUGCGCAACCUUGAUCUAUCAAGCGGCUUGUGCUUUUCAAAGGGUGAGUGUGUAAUGUUGCCGCGCAUUAAUCUCAUGCCCUUAGAAUCAUCUGGUUAUCCAUUCCAAUUUCAGAGAUUGCAAUUUCCGAUCAAGUUGUGCUUUGUAAUGACUAUUAAUAAAUCACAAGGUCAAACUCCACUUGAAGUUGGAGUGUACAUUCGAAAACUAAUGUUUUCUCAUGGGCAACUGUACGUUGCACUUUCUCGAGCCCGAAAAGCCAACAACAUAAAGGUGUUAGAUGCAAGUUCAAUAGAACAGAAGGCAACAUCACCAUGUGUUACAAAUGUGGUUUCGUAUGAUCUUUUGAAGAAAGCGGGCAUUAUAUGA